CGGCCGGGCGGGGCUGGGGCGGGGCCUGCGCUCCCGGGCCGCAGCACGGCCGGAACGCUCGUGAGCCGGAACGGUGGCGCGGGAGCCGGGGCGCGGCUGGCGGGCAGUUGGUUCACCGCUGGCGCCGUGACGGAGCCAUGUUGGCGGCAGCGGCCCGGGGGCUCUGCGGGGUCCGGCUCAGGACCAAUGUGAUCAGAGCAGUUUCUCCUCAUGCCGUAUGUUCCGUUCUGUUCUGCAGCGCGCGGCUGCCCCAGACGCUGCCGUUCCGAGGAGGACACUGGCAGACAGCGCUGCUGGCGCUCGGGGCAUCGCUGCCCGUGCGAGCACAACCACAGAAGAAGAAGAAGAAAGUGGAUGUAAAGAGAGAGCAAGCACAGAAGGAUCGUAUGAAAAAGAAGAUUAAAAAGUUGGAAAAAGCUGCCCCAGAACUGAUUCCAAUUGAGGAUUUUAUAACACCAAUUAAGUACUCAGAUAGCAACAGGGCGCGAAGUCUUCCCCCUCUGUCAUUUGAGGAGACUGAAAGAAGAGUUUUACUUAUGAAAAAGUGGUCUUUGUUUAAGCAGAAGCAAGCUCAGGCAGAAAAGAAAGCUAUUCAGACCCUUGUAGAAGCUCAGCAAGAGGCACUGAAGGAACUGCGCCUUGAAUCCGAGGAGCUGUAUCAGGCAGCGAUCAGACGAGACGAGGGGCUUUUCCCCUUUGAGAGAGAUGGACCUGAUUAUACCCCACCACUCCCUGGUUAUGAUCCUCCUGAAGGAAAAUGUGUUGAUAUCACUAAAGUGUAUACGCAGUGAUGGAGGAGUUUGUUGUUCAUCUGGGAGGAGCUACUCAGCUGACUGAAGGAGAAAAGAAUGGAAUAAGAAUAAGCAACUCCUUUUGUUGGUUAAAAUACUGUAGGUGUGUGACUGUGGAAAAAAAAAACCAAACCCACAUUAAUGAAGUAUCUGUUUUGAGUUUUUAAACAGCCAUCUAGGUAAUGCAACACCCAACAGAACUACGCUACCUUACACUUGUGCUAUGCUAGAACAAGACAAAGCAUUUAAUGGAACACUUUAUCCUUCUGGGCUUGAGAGUUGCCAAGAUUAAAUCUUGAAGUGUAAGACAGUAGUAAGAGACCAGAAUCAAAUUAAGCACCUCAGUUCUCCCUUUAAAAAAUACUGGGUGUUCAAAUAAACUCUUCAGUAUUUUUGGAUGAGUACUAAAGUAUUGCAGGGCAGCUACAGUUGUGUAAUUUCAAGAUGACACAAAAGAAUAAAGUAACCAGCAUAGUUCUGCA